AUGGUUCAAUCAGAGUACUCACUUGUGGAUAUUGCGAAAGAUUCCAUACCCAAGCGAGAACCAGAACCAGAACCAGAGCCAGAACCGCGACCAGAGCUCGGGACAAAAUUGAAAACAGAAUUGACUAGACCCAAUCCCGAUGACUUCCCCGAUGGUGGGUUUCAAGCUUGGUCGGUGGUUGUGGGAGGAUUCUGUGCUGUAUUCUGUAGUUUUGGCUGGAUCAAUUGUAUUGGCGUCUUCCAGAAUUAUUAUGAGAAAAAUCAGUUGAAACAAUACUCCUCGAGUACUAUUGCCUGGAUCCCUUCAACCCAGUCGUUCAUGUUAUUCGCCCCAGGUUUUAUUGCUGGAAAAAUGGCAGACGAACUUGGACCACAGAUUCCUAUCUUGCUUGGCUCUUUUCUGCACAUCUUUGGGUUAAUGAUGACUUCGAUUUCGACAGAAUACUACCAGUUUUUUCUUGCACAAAGUGUAUGCAGUGGACUUGGAUGCUGCUUUCUCUUCUACCCGGUUAUUGCGGCUUGUGGCACUUGGUUCCUUAGACAUCGCGCCCUUGCGUUUGGCGUCAUGCUCUCUGGAUCGAGCAUUGGUGGCGUUGUGCUGCCUAUCAUGGUUCAGCACUUAAUACCCAAAAUUGGCUUUGGGUGGACGAUGCGAGCCGUCGCGUUCCUGUUCCUGGGUCUCCUUAUUAUUGCCAAUCUUACCAUCAAAUCCCACCUUCCGCCGGCUCGUCGACCAUUCCACUUCAUGGAAUUGGUGAGGCCUUUCAUGGAAAGGCCUUUCCUACUACUCGCACUUGCGGCUUUCUUCAUCUACUUGGGCGGAUUCCUUCCUUUCAAUUUCCUCAUCGUCCAAGGAGAAGCGUCGGGGAUGUCAACAAAUUUGGCGAGCUACUUGGUCCCAAUACUGAACGGGGUAUCGACAUUGGGUCGCAUUCUCCCGGCUCAUGCCGGCGAUACUUUCGGUGUCUUCAACGUCAUGAUUGUCCUCUCAGCAUUUGGUGCAAUCAUGACUCUCGCCCUCUGGUUACCCGCGGCUUCAAAUGCUCCCAUCAUCAUGUAUGCGAUUAUGUAUGGAUUUGCAUCUGGCUGUACACUAUCAAUUAUUCCCGCCAUGGUGGCCAAGCUCGGACAUAUUAGCCAGUUGGGUGCCCGAAGUGGUGCUUUAUAUGCGUUCUCGUCUAUUGGUGUACUUAUCGGAAGUCCCAUCGGAGGAGCGAUACAGAAUGAUCAGCAUGGUGGAUACUCGGGACUCAUUAUUUUCACGGGCGUUGCAUUACUGUUUGGGACUAUUUUCGCUGUCCUUUCGAGAGCCGUCCAGGUCGGUUUUAAGAUUAAGGUCAAGAUCUAG